GCGGCGGCGGCCAUGGCCACGGCCGGGGGCUCGCAGGGGCGAGAGCAGGGAUGCGAGCAGGGACGAGAGCAGGGAUGCGAGCAGGGACGAGAGCAGGGACGCGAGCAGGGACGCGAGCAGGGACGCGAGCAGGGAUGCGAGCACUACCGGCGGGGCUGCCGGCUGCGGGCGCCGUGCUGCGGGAAGCUGUACCCGUGCCGGCUGUGCCACGACGGCGCCGAGCAGCACCAGCUGGACCGGUUCCGGGUGUCCGAGGUGCAGUGCAGCCGCUGCCGCCUCCUGCAGAAGGCCCAGCAGCGCUGUGAGGGCUGUGACAGCCUCUUUGGGGAGUACUACUGCGACAUCUGCCACCUGUUUGACCGUGACAAGAAGCAGUACCACUGCCAGGAGUGCGGCAUCUGCAGGAUUGGCCCCAAGGAGGAUUUCUUCCACUGCUCCAAGUGUAAUUUGUGCCUGAGCCUGAGUCUCCAAGGAAAGCACAAGUGUAUUGAAAAUGUCUCCAGGCAGGACUGUCCGAUAUGUUUGGAGGAUAUUCACACCUCCCGUGUUGGAGCCCAUGUUCUGCCGUGUGGUCACCUUCUUCAUAGAACGUGUUACAACGAAAUGCUGAAGGAAGGCUACAGGUGUCCUUUGUGCAUGCACUCGGCGUUGGACAUGACCAGGUACUGGCGCCAGCUGGACGACGAAGUGGCACAGACUCCCAUGCCCACGGAGUACCAGAACAUGAUGGUGGAGAUCCUUUGCAACGACUGCAGCGCCCGCUCCACGGUGCAGUUCCACCUCCUGGGCAUGAAGUGCCAGAGCUGUGAGUCGUACAACACGGCGCAGGACGGGCGGUGCCGGCUGUCCUUGGAGGAGCAGUGACCGGGAUACGCGCGGCGUUCGGCCGGCCGGGGAGCGCCGCGCCGCGGGAGAGACUGUUUUACAAACAAAGCAGCUCUUGUCAAUAAAAAAAUCCGGUUUUCCGAGUUCAAGGAGCCCUUUGCUGUGUCAGGGAGGAGGCAGAUGAGAAGAGCGGUACGAGGAGAUGUGACGAGCAGCUGCUGCAGCAGCAGGAGGAGUCCUGGGGCAGCUGAAGGGGACGGCAGGUGGAGGUGGAGCUCCCGGGAAAAUGGGUCGCUUUGAGAGGCCUUUUCGGCCGGCACCGGCAUCCGCAGGGCCGUGUGCGAGGACGUGGUGUUCCCCGGGAGCGAGGUGUGCGGCGGGGCCCCGGAGCCAGCGCCGCACAGGCACAGCGGGCGGGACCGGCGUCCUUGCUUUCCUUCGCGCGCCGUCACCCGCGCGUACAGAGUUCCCUCUGCGCGAGGGAAUUGCCCGCCUGCUGGGACGAACAGCCGGAAGAUCCAGGUGCAAAGCCCCCCUUUUUCCCCUGGACGCCCAUCCUGACUCGCUGCCGUCCCCUCCUCAGAUUCCUUUGCCAGCCACAGCCGCUUUUUUCCCCGUUUCUCCCUCAUUUUGCGCCGUUCCCUGGCAAAGGCCGAGGUGCUGGAGGGUUUUAGACACGUACGUAGCUCAGUGUUGCUGGUUGAGUACCUGAGGUUACUCAUGUACUUCACAUCAGGCUGAGGCUGAGAUGUUCACUGAAAUAGCAGCAGUCCAGAGGCGCUCCAGAGGUGCAGGGACCAAUUCUCGGUGUUUUUGGCAUUUGUUAAUGGUAGAACUUUGCUGGGGAGAGAGAAUGGGGGGAGCGAACCCUUUAAAUGCCCUUUAAAAAAAAAACAACCUGACCCCACCCUUCUUCGUGUAACAUCCUGCCUGAGGUGUUUUGCAGUCUUUAAAAAUUGCAGAAAGUUCUUGGUUUCUGUGAAUUUCACAUGCAGAUAUUUUACAGUAAUUAGAUGUAAAAAAGAGUCGGUUACUCUUCAGAUUAGAACUACUCGUUUUUAACUUGUUCUGAGCUUUUAACUUGUAAAAUGAGCUUUUCUUAAUCCAACAGUGCCCCUUUCUGUAUGGAAUAUUUAGGAUUUGGCUGAUAGCUAUUGUAGCUUGCCUUGACUGGGGUAUCUUCUUCUGGAGCACUUUUCUCACCACUAUAAAUAAAUGUAAAAUAUGGCCUCUAUUAAAAUAAACAAAUGACACUCUGCA